CAUAGCUUGAGGAGAAUGCACUUAGAACAAGAAAGGAGGAGGGUGGAGCUCACAGCUCGAACUCCGCCGGCGAGCCUCCGCGUCAAAGCGCGCAUUCAUCGUCUGUCAGGCGGUCCGGGAGGCUGAUAUGAGCCCGUCCACCGGUCAAUAAACUUUCCAUGCGCUUUCCACUUCCGCGGACAGCACUCAGGAGGUUUGAGUGGACCGGAUUUGCGCUGCCGCCACUGACAAGACCUCUCCGCUCCUCCGCGCCGCAACCACCGCAGCGGUCACCGUUCACUGGGUAGGUUCCGAGGGUGCAACACUCGACCCCGCGCAGCCUGGGCACGAUCUCCCGGCAGCAUGGAGGGCGACGUGAUGGACAAAGUGGAGGCCACGGCGGUGGUGUGUGACUUCGACCCUCUCAGUGGGAGCAUCCCGGCGACCAAAGUAGAGAUCACCGUCUCCUGCAGAAAUCUCUUAGACAGAGACACAUUCUCCAAAUCAGACCCAUUGGUGGUGUUGUACACCCAGGGUGUGGAAUCCAAACAGUGGCGAGAGUUUGGGAGAACAGAGGUGAUAGACAACACGUUAAACCCUGACUUUGUCAGGAAGUACAUCCUGGACUACUUCUUUGAAGAGAAGCAGAACCUGCGCUUUGAUGUGUUUGAUAUUGAUUCAAAAAGUCCCGAUAUGGCCAAGCAUCCAACCGACUUUAACGAUUUCCUGGGACAGGUCUACUGUACACUGGGGGAGAUUGUGGGCUCUCCUGCGAGCCGCUUGGAAAAGCCAUUGGGUGGAAUCCCUGGGAAGAAAUGUGGCAACAUCAUCUUGUCUGCUGAGGAGCUAGGAAACAGUCGGGAUUACACCACUAUGCAGUUUUGUGCCAACAAACUGGAUAAGAAGGACUUUUUUGGAAAGUCUGACCCCUUCAUGGUCUUCUACAGGAGCAAUGAAGAUGGCACGUUCACCAUCUGCCACAAGACAGAAGUGGUGAAGAACACGCUAAACCCAGUGUGGGAGCCCUUCUCUAUCCCCGUGCGAGCGCUCUGCAAUGGAGACCAUGACAGGACAAUCAAAGUGGAAGUGUAUGACUGGGACAGAGACGGAAGUCAUGAUUUCAUUGGUGAAUUCACUAGCAGCUACAAAGACCUGUGUCGGGGGCAAAGCCAAUUAAACAUCUUUGAGGUGGUGAAUGCCAAGAAGAAAUUAAAGAAAAAGAGAUACAUCAACUCUGGAACAGUGUCCUUGUUGUCAUUCAACGUGGAGUCUGCGCACACAUUCCUGGAUUACAUUAAAGGAGGGACGCAGAUUCACUUCACAGUGGCUAUUGACUUCACAGCAUCGAACGGAAAUCCAUCCCAGUCCACUUCCCUCCAUUACAUGAACCCGUACCAGAUGAAUGCCUAUGCCAUGGCCCUGAAGGCGGUGGGGGAGAUCAUCCAGGACUAUGACAGUGAUAAGAUGUUCCCUGCUUUGGGAUUUGGUGCUAAGCUGCCCCCUGAUGGGAGGGUUUCUCACGGGUUCCCUUUGAAUGGUAACAUUGAGAGCCCCUACUGCAACGGCAUGGAGGGGAUUCUGGACGCUUACCAUCGAAGCCUUAAGACAGUUCAGCUGUAUGGACCCACCAACUUUGCUCCUGUUGUUAAUCAUGUGGCAAGGUAUGCAGCAGCAGUGCAGGAUGGAUCUCAGUACUUUGUCCUGCUCAUAAUCACAGAUGGCGUCAUUUCGGACAUGGCUCAAACUAAGGAGGCCAUCGUAAAUGCAGCUAAACUCCCCAUGUCAAUCAUCAUUGUUGGAGUCGGCCAAGCAGAGUUUGAUGCCAUGGUGGAGCUGGAUGGUGAUGACAUCAGGAUUUCGUCACGUGGAAAGCUGGCAGAAAGAGACAUUGUACAGUUUGUCCCAUUCAGAGACUACAUGGACCGCACAGGGAACCACGUUCUGAGCAUGGCCCGCCUGGCUAAGGAUGUACUGGCUGAAAUCCCGGACCAGGUCAUCUCCUACAUGAAGAGCAGAGCUAUUAAACCCAACAUCGUCCCACCAGCUUCCUUGCCUGACAACUAUUGCCAAACCAACUCUGUCUGAAGGCCCUCCCACUGCUCCAGGCUGUAUUCUUUUUGGAGGCCUCAUAGGCCUCAUAGGUCCCCUUAGUGAAACCAGUGGAGAUGAAACUAUUUCUGUUUUGGAGCAAAGAGCUUUAGAGCUUGCAGGGCACCUGCAGGAAGAAGAUAGAGGAGUUUUGGUGUUUUAGUCACUUUUGGAGCCUAGAGGGUGCUCAGAGGAGCCCAUGGAUGCCACAGGAGGUUUCAUUGUUUGCUGCAUUGGUGAGUAAUGGAUAGCAAGAAAAUACUAUAGGAAGGGCAUAUGUGUAUUAGAAUGUGCCAGUGUGUAUCAUGUGUGUGCAACCUUUUACAAUUGCUGUGUGUUGAUCUAGAAAAUCAUAUGGAAAUCAAUUUAUUUAUGGAAUAAUUUAUUUUCUUUGGUUUGGAUUUCAGUUUCAGUUUCCCUGGAGUUGUCCAUCCUAUAUUUUAUCCAUCCAUCUUCUAUGCCGCUUAUCCUCACUAGGGUGGGGGUGUUGGAGCCUAUCCCAGCUGUCUUUCGGAGAGAGGCGGGUCCACCCUGGACUGAUGGCCAGCCAAUCACAGGGCACAUAUAUAGAGAAACAACCAUUCCCACCCACAUCCAUUCCUAUAUUUUAUGACCCAGCUUAUUAAAGAAAAUAUCCCACUUUCUAAAUGUAAACGCAUGUAAUAUAUAUUAUGCAUUUUAUGGAUUGUGUGACCAUUGUUAGAUUGUAAGUUAGUUAUGGAUGACCCACCGCCACCCUGUUUUCUUAUUAUUAUUAUUAUUAUACCUGCUCCUAGUAUGUUCCUAGUCCCUAGUUCCUAGUAUGUUUCUAUCAAAACAAUGCACUAGUUACUAUCCAAAAUCAAAGCACAACAGCUACAUUCUUGUUUUGAAAGAAACAGCCACAAACAGUAUGUUUACAGAGAGGACACACCUCUCCUGUGUAUCCCGUUCACAGGAAGAAAUGUUCCUGCUUAAACAUGAAAACAAAUCACACUGUUAGAGUUUCACAAUCUUAUAUUUGUUUUGAUUCAUUAUUGCUUACGUUCAUUUAAAAAGGCUAAAUCAGUUAUACCAGAAUGAGAAAUUAUACAUUUAUUAGUGUAAAACGUGAUUAAAUAUAUUACCGUUGCUUUUUCUUUCGCCUUCUAAGAAGUGCUGAUCACACCAAAUGCAAGGAGUGUAUUUUCCGCACCAUGAGGUGCCCCUGAUUAUAAGGCACAGUCUCAAUUACGGGGUCUAGUUCUCAUACAUUUUUGAUAGAUCAGGCGCACCGUGUUAUAAGGUGCAUGCUAAAACAUAUGGUUGAAGUGCUGAAGAAUGGAGUGUCAAAUCCGUUCGAGUGGCAACACCAUCAACUUUAACAGUUCUUGAAUGAAUAACUAUGUACAAACCCCCUGGCACUACACGGUCUACAAAAAGAAGGGCAACUGAAGCCAAACAGUGAGUUUAAUUGAACUUUAUUCUACUAUUUAACAAUACACUCACCAUAUUUUUUAAUGAAUCUUCUCCAACAAAUCCAUCAAGACCCUCACCUUCUGUAUCUGAAUUGAAACGCUGGGCAAUUUCACCAUCAAACAUGCCGGGUUCCCUUGCAUCAUUGUCGGAGUCAGUCUUGUUGUCAGGUGGUUGUUCAGCAAUGAUGCCGGCUUUCGCCAAAGCUUGGACUACAUUUAAAGAACAUACCUUGGUCAGGCACCCACAAUCUAUUCACAUAUGGUGGCGUAAAUUGCCCGGGUAUUGCCUCCGUGUCCGCCGUCUUUCAUCCAUCACUCUCACACCCUUCGCAACUUCACUUUGAACAUUCCUAUUACACCAAUGUCCAGCUUUGGAGUUUUCUUGUUAAUCCUCCAGGAAUGAUGGGAAGCUCUGAAUUAAUUUGCUCAAAUUAUCUGAUUGGUUUAUCACUGCCAGCGUAGUAUUACAUACCUGUGUCAGAGUGAAAUGGUAUGACACUCAAUCAAGCGGAACACUUAUCAAAGUAGCACAACAUUUUUACAGAUUUUUUAACUCACAUAUAAGGCGCCCCGGAUUAUGAGAUGCUUUAUUCAUUUUUAAAGGCUUUUAAGAGUGUCUUAUAGUGCAGAAAAUCCGGUAGUGGCACCAUAAUCCUCCACUAUUAUUAUUCAUUUUUUCAAACAAAUAAUCACUACACAUUAAGCAGUAUAAUGCACUAUGGUCCAUUUUAUGUAAUAUUAUUUAAAUAUUGUACAGUAUACACAAUCUGCCACUAUUUUCCAUAUAUGUAUGCUGUUAUUAAAGUCCACUUAUAAGGAUGAAAAAGACAGUUUAACACCCACCGCUAUUGUUUUGACCAGUUUGUCUCAGUCAUUUGAUCCAAAUGUGCCUACAAUAUGGAAACAUAUCCAAAUUGACUGAGCCAGGUGUUAUUCUGCCAGCAGCUGUUGUCAUGUUGAAGAUACAAAUGUUACUAAUGAUAAAACUGUUGAGAAAGUCUGUGGAGGUUGCACAUGUUGUGUAGUUUUUGUACUUCACAGAUAAUCUUUGAAUAUAAUGUAAGGUAUGACUAAGCCUUUUACAAUACUCGAGUCAAGACUUGUUUACCGUUCAAUUGGGGCCAUUUUUUUGCCUCAAGGAAGAAGUAAACUUGCAUUGUUUUUAUGAAAAAUAUGUACCAUAAUGUCCGGUGAAUAAGCCACACCCACCAAAUUUAGAGAGGAAAAAAAGAUACAAUUUUACUGAUACACUUUUUAUCAUUCACAAUCUUUAUGUGAAACAUGAACACAUUUGUUUCACAUUUGUUUACCUUUUCUGUGCGUUCUAGCGUGAGAAAACAAGUUAAUAUGAGCAUGCUAAAAACGGACAUCAUGUGAAAUACCUAUUUGUGUAGCCCUCACAAAAAAAGCAACAGUGUCCAUUUACAUAACUGACUUGUACAUUAACCAAGCUACAGCAAUAUUAUUAUUGUAGCAGAUAACAUGUAAAACUAUUUUUAUCUGGCGGACUAACACAACGCCUCGCAAAGUGCUCAUCUCAGCUCCAUUCACAGACGGAAGAGUGGAUAUCUAGCUCUCAAUUUUGCUACAAAGACUCAACAAGAUGCUGGUUUGACAUCCCAAUGAGAGUGAACAUUAAGGAUAUUCAUUCAUUCAUUCAUUCAUUGGACUGGUUGCCAGCCAAUCACAGGGCACAUAUAGACAAACAACCAUUCAAACUCACGUACAUACCUAUGGACAAUUUGGAGUCGCCAAUGAACCAAGCAUGUUUUUUGGAAUGUGGGAGGAAACCGGAGUACCCGGAGAAAACCCACGCAUGCACGGGAAGAACAUGCAAACUCCACACAGAGAUGGCCGAGGGUGGAAUUGAACCCUGUUCUUCUAGCUGAGAGGUCUGCGCGC